UCGACGAAUCGCAAACGUUCACGCUUGAUAUCAAUCUUGCCAAUGAUGUAUACCUACUCUGGCCUGCCAGUCAGCAGCAAACGUCUCGAAGUUCGAGAAAAGAGAUCCACCUGAUACCCCUAGAAGUCCCGGUAGGAAAGCCACCAGGACGUGCCGUAGAUCUUCAUGUGGUGGAUACAAAGCUUCUUAGCACCUGGGUCAAAUCCUGUGAGGACUGGCAUAGUCACGAUUGUAAUCUCUGGGAUGGCGAACCGCUUCAGGGCUCGUCUAUGUUUCGAGUCAUCGAUGUCAUCGAGAGCUGUCUUGUUCACGUGGCCUUCCCAUCGCGUUAUCUCGCGCUUAGCUAUGUAUGGGGCAAGACUGUAUAUCUCACAACGACCAAGUCCAACGUCCAGGAGCUUGAGAAGGCUGGCGCUUUCAACAAACACGCAGCACAUCUUCCAAGAACGAUUCAAGACGCGAUUCUUCUAACUUCUGAGAUUGGAGAACGAUAUCUGUGGGUCGACGCGCUGUGCAUAGUUCAAGAUGACUACGAGAACAAAAUGGACCUCAUCAAUCAAAUGGACAAGGUUUAUCAGGGCGCUCUCUGUACCAUAGUCGCAGCAGCCGGAACCGACUCAAGUGCUGGACUUCCUGGUGUCAGUCUGUCGUCUCCGAGAAAACUAGCCCAGCGAAUUAUCAACUACGGAGAGGAGCGUCGCAUUGCAAUCUCCCAAAGCCCAUUCCAAAGGGUUUUAGGUCAGGGCGCUGACAUGUGUUAUUGGAACAAACGAGCUUGGACGCAUCAAGAGCGUUUGUUGUCCGGACGAAAACUUGUCUUUCUAGAGGAUGGAGUCCACUUCAACUGCCAACGCAUGACAUGGACUGAAGACGUCGCUGCCGAGAAAGAGGAUGUUAAGCGGCACUUUCAGAUGUAUGACUUCGUCGGAGUAAGCGAUGAGGAUGUCUACUUCAACGGACUCGGUCCUGGGGAUGGUCGAUCACUAGUACGAAAAAAGGACGAGUAUACGCUUCGCGGGAAGAAUGCUGUACUCCCAAGCUUCAUUGACUAUUGCAAUUUAGUACACGGGCACAUGGGGCGGGACCUUACCUUCGAGGAAGACGUCUUGAUAUCGUUUCAAGGCAUCUUGAAUAACAUCAGCUGGUCAUUUGGGAGCUUUACACAGGGCAUGUCCGACUUCUAUUUCAGU